AUCUCAUUAAUCCAUUAUCCGAAACAAAAAUCAGCCGCAAAUGGUUAUUACCAAAAACCUGGUUAGUGGAGGCCACUUCUUGAAAAGAGAACCACUCCUCGUGACACGCACGUGACGCAAAAGAUAAGAAUUUGAUGUGUUGAAGUCUUUGAAGAGCAGCAGCAAAGCAAAGAAAGUUCAGGUGAGCUAUUGGCAAUGGAGGAAUCAACCGCCGAAUCGAUGUCAACUCUCGCAACCAGAAUUUGCAAUCAAAUAAACUCCGUCUUCGCCAAAUCCUCCACCACCAAUCCCUCUCCCUUGGAUAUCACCGUCGACGAAAUAGCUUCCACCGCCGCCCGCCGUGGAAAAAUCUUCGUCUACGGAGUAGGUCGAGAAGGUCUGAUGAUGAAAGCUCUCUGCAUGAGGCUGGCACACUUGGGACUCUCCGCCCACUGCGUCGGUGACAUGACUACGCCUCCGAUCUCUUCCUCCGAUCUCCUUAUCGCGUCCGCCGGUCCAGGUGGUUUCUCGACCGUCGAUGCUAUAUGUGGUGUCGCAAAAACGAACGGCGGUCGUGUGCUGGUUCUCACUGCACAGCCGGAGUCAGGAUCGUCGGUGAAGUAUGCGAGCGUGGUGGCGUAUAUAGCGGCUCAGACGAUGGCGGAUCAUGGUGUUGCGAUGGAAGAAACGACGACACCAUUGCUUCCGAUGGGGAGUGUAUAUGAAGGGGCGAUGUUUGUAUUAUUUGAGAUGGUGGUUUUCAAAUUGAGUUCAGUUUUGGGUCAAAGCCCCCAUGAAAUCCAAUCUCGCCACACCAAUUUGGAGUAAGGAAUUGGGAAGUAAUUCAAUUUGUUUAUGUAACUAAUUAACUUUUAGAUGUUUAAUCUAAUGUAUAAAGUGAAAUAUAUCUAUUUUGGAUUUGUGUUGA